CAUUCUGCCCUAUCCUGUUGCUCCAGGCCCUUGUCCAAAGUCCCUCUCCAGCUUUGUUGUGGGCUCUCUUUCAGCCAGUUUGGUCAGCCCUGGGUCGUGCUUGGUAGGAGAAUGUCCCAAAGCUGCACUUUCCCUGGGUAGACACCACCUGAAGGAAUUUGGAGCUUUUCCUUGCCUCCACACCUUGGUUGUGUCUGGUUGGCAGGUCUCAAAUGCUCUGAGGGCUCCUGGACUGCGCAGGAUCUGGUGAUCUGGGAACGCUGUUCCCUGGGGUGUUUCCCAGGGCAGGACACGGGUGGCAGCGCGGGUGGUGAGGGUGACAUUGUGCCAGGGCCCUGCCCGGGCUCUGAGCGAGGGCUGCAGGCGGGGCAGGGGUGUCUGCGCGGGACAGCGGCAUCGGCGCUCGGCGGAGCACAAAGUGCUGCUGAAACGUGGAAGCAGCCGCUGCCAAGGGCAGGCUGCCCCUGUCCCCUGCCAUCCGAUCCCUCAAUGAGCCCCCCCGGCCCUGCCAGCCCCGGGGCCGCACAAAGCCCCCGAUUGUGGUCCCGCAGGGGCAGCGGAAGGGCCGCGCCGGGCACUGACAGCAGCGCUGGGCUCCGCGCCGGGCACACCUGCAGCUCCCGCGGGGCCCUUCGGCUGCGAGGGACGGGUAUUUAUGUGUGGGGGAUGCACGUUCAGGUUUCCCAGGUGUGCCUGGAGCCGGGAUCAUGCCCAGUCUGCGCGUGGGCAGGAGGCAGAGCGGCAGCAGCAGCCAGGUCCUCGCCUGAAGAGGGGAUGGAGGGUGGGGACAGCGCCAGCCCUGCUGCCCCUGCAGAGGGCCACAGCACGAUUCCCAGCUCCCCCCAGGACCUUCUGGAUCACCCUGUCCAUUGCCUUGAUAUUUUUUGCAGUUGUUGGCAUCAGUGUCGUGGGGGUUCUCAGCUUGUCCCCCAGCUCUGCCCAGGCUGGCUCCCAGCUCGUCCGACUGACACUGCAGGGCCAGCAGGACCCUCUGAGGAAUCAGACAGCCUUGGUGGACAAGUCCAGGGGCACUGUCACCUACUAUGUCACCUCGCAGAGCAACCUCAGCGCCGUGGUGCUGUAUGACAGCAGGAACGGCUAUGUGUGCUACAAGCCCGUGGAGCAGAGCACGUGCUACCUGAGGAGGAUGGACCCCUGGGACCUGCAAACCCUGCAGGCAGCUCUCAACAUGUCUGAGCAGAGGGCCGAGCAGCUGCUCCGUCACAACAACCAGACCAAGUACUACCGGGAGUUCCUGGGCAUCCUGCCGGGGGAGCAGGCGGAGCCCAAGGGCCUGGGGGAGGCUGUGCAGAGCCUGUGUGAGCACACGUCCAUCUUCUGGGUCCGCAGAGGGCAGGGUCCUGGGAGGCAGCGGCUGAUCUACCUGUGCAUUGACAUCUGCUUUCCAAGCAACAUCUGUGUCUCUAUCUGCUUCUAUUACCUCCCUGAGUAAGUGCUGAGCUGUGGACACCCUCUUGCUGCCCUACAUACUUGAACUGGAUUCCUGAAAAGCCUCUGAUUUCCACAAGGAAGGUAACACCCACACCAUCCCCAGAGCCUCCUGCUGAUUUCAUGCUGCACCUCAGGAGGGUUUAGAGAAACAAGAGGCCUCUGCUCAGCACUGUCAGCACAGACAGUCCCUGCAGCUCCGCCCCAGGGCUGCCAUGUCCAUAGCAAUUAGGAGCCCCAGGCCUAGAGGAAUCCCAGGGAGUAGCUGGUGUUCUGGGGCUCCAUGCCCUGCUCAGCACAAGGUGGUUACAUUUGUUGGGGUGGUUGGCUUUAGGAGAGCAGCUCUCCAAGUCACUUUGUGAAACACUUUGAAUAAAGGGAUU